UACUGGACAGCCGUCACUACUUCCGCAGAGAUUCUGCUCAUUUUUUGCUUCGAACUAUGACUGAGGCAGAGCUUUACAUACAGUACAAGGGGCUCUACAUGCCUUCAUCUCUGCACACUCCACAGAGCCUGAAAUACUACGAAGAGUUUACUUUUCGCCCAGAUGAUAUCAUCAUUGUAACGUAUCCCAAGUCAGGUACGACUUGGAUGCAGGAGAUUGUCCCUCUGAUAGUGAGUGGAGGAGAUCCAGCUUCUGUUGAGACUCUUCCUAACUGGGACCGUGCUCCCUGGCUGGAGGAGACUCAGGCCUGCCUCCUUAACCUUGAAGAGAGGCCGUCUCCACGACUGUUAACUACACAUUUCCAGUACAACAUGAUGCCUCCAUCUUUCUUUGAAGUUAAGCCAAAGGUCAUCAAUGUCGUGAGAAACCCCAAAGAUGUGUUAACAUCUUCCUUUCAUUAUUAUGGGAUGGCCAGCCACUUGGUCAACCCAGGCUCAAAGAGCGAGUUCCUCCACAAGUUCCUUGAUGGGAAAGUUGUGUAUGGCACAUGGUUUGAUCAUGUAAAGAGCUGGCUGAAUGCUGAAGAUACAGAGCACGUGAUGCACAUGUCCUAUGAAGAGAUGAUAAUGGACCUGAAAGACUCUGUGGCCAGAAUCGCUCAGUUCUUGCAGAAAUCUCUGGACGCUGAGGUGAUAGAGAAGAUUGCGCACCGAUGUUUGUUCAAGAACAUGAAGCAGAACAACAUGUCCAACUACUCUACUGUUCCUUGUGAAUCCAUGGACCAGACAAAGUCUGAAUUUCUCAGGAAGGGAAUUGCUGGAGACUGGAAAAAUCAUCUAACAGUGGCAGAAGCAGAGCACUUUGAUGCUGUUUACGAAGACAAAAUGAAAGACGUCAAAUAUGAAUUUGUUUGGGAUUAAAAUGAUUGAAAAUACCUAAAUGAAGUAUUUUCCACCUUUCUCCCGUGAUGUACAGAAACCUGUUUCUCAAUCUUUCUCAUAGACAGACCAUCAGAGUCUAACGUUCGCAGUCUUGACUGUGAAUGACUGUAUGGUGUUUAUUUUAUAUACUAAAACUUUCUCACAGAACUGUGAGUUUGAGCAGAUUGCCUCAUCUGUCGAAACAACACUGGAUACUUUGACUGAAAUAAGGAGUUUUCCGUCUUUGAGAAACAGGUGUCCACCAUUACAGCAGUAUUAUUGAGUUUGUGUUAUGGCUAUAUUGAUCAAAAAUGGUCCAGUAGGUGGCACCCUUGUGUUGUUUUUUUUUCUUUAAGGGUAGGAACCUUAAUGCAGGUGACAAGUGUUGCCAGAUGGAGGAGGAGCACAAAUAGUAUUUUGACCGUCACUCCAGGUGAAUGCUGUGGUUGUAUUAGUGAAAAUGUUGAAUGAAUGAAGUUUUUGUACAUCGCCGGUUAUGAUUGACACAUACCUGUAAGAAAUAAAUAUUCCAGCAGACGCAA